UCCAUUUGCACAGCCGCCAGGCAAGAAGAGCCUUCUUCCAGAUCUUGCUCCAGCCACCCCUUUGCUCCCCUCCCAGGAGCAAGACGAUGGCACCUGGGAGGAAGAUGCUCGACGGCAAGAACAAGCCUGCCCGCCCUCCUUCUGUCCUUCCAGAUCCUGCAGCAAGCCCUUGCCUCACUCCCAGGAGCAAGACGAUGGCGCAAGGGCAGAAGGCGCUCGGCUGCAAGAACACACAUUCCCACCCUCCUUCGGUCCUUCCAGAUGACGCAGCUGCCAUGGAGAUGCCAGAAGAGGAAGACAUGGACUUAAGCACGUUGAGGGCUCGGAAUAUCAUGAGAAACAACCGAUUUGCUAAUCAGCUGGGUAUCCGUAAACUAGCACAAAUAUUCCAGAGUUCAAUUGCAAAGAAGAAAGCUGUUGGAAAUAUGAUUGGCAAAAAGUCUAAGGCUAUGUUACUAGGGGAAGAUGUGGCCAACACUGGUGAUUGUGUCACAACUGGAACAGGAAGAACGUCUAAGAGAGUGCUAGCACCUGAAAAUCUAGAAGAAACAAUGAGAUGCACUAGGCAAAGGGCUAUGAAACAAGUGUCCACCACUAGCCUAAUUGAAGCCACAGAGGUUGGACUUGAACCUGAUUUGUCUACAAACCAUAAUCAGGGUGACACCAGCAAUACUGAACAAGGCAACCUCACUUUAAGUACAGAACUGGAGCCAAUGGGAUUGAGCACUACUGAACAAGGCACCCUAACUGGCAGUAGACAAGUAGAGCCAAGGGGCAACAGCAUGGGCAAAGAGAUUGAUUCCAUAAGCAGAGGUUUAGGGACCAUGAUACCAAUCAUUGUCAAGAAAGGGAAAAGAAGGCCAGAGGCUCCUAUGCAAGCUGCAAAGUUGGCCUUAGAGAGUGGGAUCAUAAUCAGGCAGCAUAUACCAAUAUAUCCAAGUUGGACAGACUACAAGAAGGAUAGUAGUCAACUUGAUAACUUAAAGGGCAAACUCAAGGGAAAAUUUUCCAUUGAUAUCCACAACGACCCUGUAAUAGCUGCAGUGGAAGACAUCCUAAGGUGUGGAACACGCCAGAUGAGGUAUAGGUUCAAAAAGAAGUACUUCGAUGGGGUACGUGCUAAUCAAGUGAGGACUACAUCGCCCUUGAAGUGUAUGACCGAUGAACAAUGGACAAAAUUGGUAGAUAUGUGGUCCAGCCCAGAGCACAAGGGCAAAUGCGCCAAAAACCAACUGAAUCAUGAAACAGUUCAGUUUCAGCAGCGUACCGGAUCUCGGUCUUACAUUGCACAUGCCUAUGUUGUGAAGCAAGAAAAAUACAAAGACAGUGAGCCCACAGCAAUUGAUCUCUUUGAAGAGUUGCAUUGCAGCAAAACUAAAGGUUUUAGUGAACCUGUGAAGAAAGCUAUAGAUGAUAUGCAUGCCCGGGAAGCCCUCACUUCACCAUCAGUAGAAGAUGGGCAGCAAGCUAAGACUUCUAUUGACUUCUAUCAACUACACUAAGACCAUCCAUCAAAUUCCAAGCUCAGCCACCUCAUUCCUGCCAUCAAAAAGUGCAUGUUUUCAGUUGCUAGUGAAUAAAAAGUCCAUUUUGUUCCUGAUAUGUUAUGACGAAUUUGUCUCAUCAUUCAUCAAUGAUAGAACUAUAUUCAUCAAUGAUAGAACUAUCGUCGCUUUAUCAA